AUUGUAUAAACUCUCUUCAAACCUUCUCCUCCAGAACCAUCUCCACCUAAUACACGGCGAUCUCUCUCUCUCUCUCCGAACCAUCUCCACCUAAUACACGGCUCUCUCUCUCUCUCUCUCUCUCUCUCAUACCAACACACGCAUUCUCAGGGUAAAAAUACCUUCUCUCUCGUAUAGAAACUCAAAAUAACAGAGUCCAUCACGAAGUCAUGUCAUUUUUUAACUUAAAAAAUUAAUUAAUUUUGUAUAUGAUUUUUUAAUUUUUUUCAAUCAAAUUAAAGUAUUAAAGUUUUUUUUACAUAAAAUUAAAGUAUUAAUCGAGAUCUUCGGUGCGAAAAAAUUUAAAAAAUUAUACAAAAAAUAAUUAAUUUUUUAAUUUAAAAAUAGCAAAAGAGAAAAAAUGAAACUAAACAUAGAUAGUAUUAGGUAUCAGAUUCUGACAUAAUUACGCAACAGGAAUCCCUUCUGAUACAAGUAUACAGAAACCUUAAUCCUCUUCUCUGCUGCCUCUCUGUUUCCACUCUCAAUUCCCUCUCCCUCUCUCUCUCUGACAUUUUCCCAGGUUCAAAAUGGACCGAUAACCCUUCUUCUCCUCUCAGAUCUAUCCUAUACUAUCAUAAAAUAGAGGUGUAAACAUCUUAUGAAAAAUUGGCAGUGAUAAACAUGGCAUUAGGUAAAUACUCUAGGGUUGACGGUAAAAAGUCUCCAUCAAGUUACUGUUCAACAGUGACUUUUGUUGUGUUUGUGGCCCUUUGCUUAGUUGGAGUAUGGAUGAUGACUUCGUCAUCUGUAAUUCCUGUUCAAAAUGUAGACAUGUCCUCUCAGAAUAGCAAAAGUGAGGUGAAGGAACAAGUGAGUGAGAGCAAUGAGAGCAACCCCAGCAGUGAGACUAAUGAGAGCAUUCCUAAGCAGUUUGAGGAUAACCCUGGGGAUUUACCCGAGGAUGCAACAAAAGGGGACAGCAAUGAAAAAGCACAGGAGGAGAAUAGUACUUCCCAAAACUCAAACACUCCUGAAAACACAAGUGACAAAGCUGCAGAGAGAAACCAAGAGAAUCCUGAAAAUAAGCCUAAGUCUGAAGAUGCUUCUAAAACAGAAAUAGAAAAUGGAGAGGAGAAAACUGAAGAUGGGGACUCUAAGAUGGUGGACAGAGAUUCUGAAGCUGGGGAGACGAGAACAGACAGUAUCAAUAACUCUGGUAGUCAACCGAACACUGAAAUUGACAAGAAAUUUGAUUCAGAUGAGACCGAGAAGAAAUCAGAGGAGAAUACAGGUAUCAAAAAAGAUGGGGAUGAAGCGGACGGUCAAAUAGAAGUAGAUGGUGAGGCUAAAGAUCUGGUUCCGAACGAGGUGUUUCCUUCUGGGGCAAAGUCAGAGCUUCUGAAUGAAACUACAACUCAAAAUGGGGCAUGGUCAAGUCAGGCAGUCGAGUCAAAGAAUGAAAAGGAAGCACAGAAGUCUUCAGAACCAAAUCGAGAAGUUGUAUACAAUUGGAAACUUUGCAAUGUCACUGCUGGGCCAGAUUACAUCCCGUGCCUUGAUAAUUUGCAAGCAAUUAGGAACCUUAGAACAACUAAGCACUAUGAACAUAGGGAGAGGCACUGUCCGGAGGAACCUCCUACUUGCCUUGUUCCUCUACCCGAAGGAUACCAACGCCCUAUUGAGUGGCCGACUAGCAGGGAAAAGAUAUGGUACCAUAACGUUCCCCAUACCAAACUCGCACAAGUCAAAGGGCAUCAAAAUUGGGUCAAAGUUAGCGGCGAUUACCUUACAUUUCCCGGCGGUGGGACACAGUUUAAGCAUGGUGCUCUUCAUUACAUUGAUGUUAUACAACAGUCUCUGCCUGAUAUUGCCUGGGGAAAGCGAUCCCGUGUGGUAUUGGAUGUGGGAUGUGGCGUUGCUAGCUUUGGAGGCUAUCUCUUUGAUAGAAAUGUUCUCACCAUGUCAUUGGCACCAAAGGAUGAACAUGAAGCUCAAGUUCAAUUUGCACUUGAAAGGGGAAUUCCUGCAAUAUCUGCUGUGAUGGGCACUAAGAGGCUUCUGUUCCCAGGCAGAGUCUUCGAUGUUGUGCAUUGUGCCCGGUGUCGGGUCCCCUGGCAUAUUGAAGGAGGUAAACUGCUAUUAGAGCUAAAUCGUGUACUGCGACCUGGCGGUUUCUUCAUCUGGUCUGCCACGCCUGUUUACCAGACAGGCGCUGAAGAUGCUGGGAUUUGGCAAGCCAUGAAGGAACUAACAAAGUCAAUGUGCUGGAACGUUGUAAAAAUAACCAAGGAUAAAGUGAAUAAAGUAGGAAUAGCAAUAUAUCAGAAACCCACAUCAAAUGAAUGUUAUGAGAAAAGAUCACAAAAUGAACCGCCUCUCUGCCAAGAGUCUGAUGAUCCAAAUGCAGCCUGGAAUGUCCCAUUGCAAGCAUGUAUGCACAGAGUGCCAGUUGAUGCAUCGGAACGUGGGUCCCAGUGGCCAGAACAAUGGUCAGCGAGAUUGGAGAAACCUCCUUAUUGGUUGUUGAGUUCACAGGUUGGAGUUUAUGGCAAGGCAGCUCCUGAGGAUUUCAGUUCAGACUACGAACACUGGAAUCGUGUGGUGACUAAGUCAUAUCUUACUGAAAUGGAGAUUAACUGGUCUAAAGUAAGGAAUGUCAUGGACAUGAAUUCCAUCUAUGGAGGAUUUGCUGCUGCUCUGAAAAAACUGAACGUGUGGGUCAUGAACGUGGUCCCAGUAGACUCUCCAGAUACGCUGCCCAUAAUUUAUGAACGAGGUCUAUUUGGAAUUUACCACGAUUGGUGCGAAUCAUUUAGCACCUAUCCAAGAUCUUAUGAUCUUCUGCAUGCGGAUCAUCUCUUCUCCAAGAUUCAAAAGAAGUGCAAUUUAAUGGCUGUAGUUGCUGAAGCUGAUCGGAUUCUAAGACCUGAGGGAAGACUUAUUGUUCGCGAUAAAGUUGAGACCAUUAAUGAGCUGGAGAGCUUGCUGAAAAGUAUGCAUUGGGAGAUCCCCUUCAAAUACUCUAAGGACAAUGAAGGAUUACUUUGUGCUCAGAAGACCCUUUGGCGCCCCACAGAGGUGGAGACAAUCGCUUACUCCAUUGGUUAAGCAUCUCGAGGCCUUAAUGCCACGGGGAAUAGGCAUUGUUGUUUGUUUUUGUUACCAAUUUCUGAUCAUGGUAACCUGUAAUUUUAGUAAUUAGCCUAUGUGUCAUUUCUAUCAGCGUAAUCAACGCUUCCACCAGUUCAUUUUAUGGUUUUUGUUUCCCAGUUGAAGGUGGAGGUUGGGAUAUUCAUUGUAAUUUUGAAUUGUUUAUUUAUUGAGGGAAAAGUCCAGUGGUUAUAAGUAUUGAUGUACUCUAGAUUGUAGAAUAAAACUGAGAAUUCAGGGUUUGGGACAAAAAAUUAAGGUAUGUACCCUUUUGAUCAUUUAUGUAUUUCAUUCAAUUAGUUGGUUUA